AUGCCUUUCGAUUUCAACACUGCUGUCCGAAAGCGAUACGUCACACUCCCGGUCCCACGAGACUUUAUCCUGUCGUCUGGGGCGCCGAAACCGCAGAUUCUGUGGGUGGGAUGCAGUGAUAGUUUUAUUAUUGAGACGGAGACGUUGGAUGUAUUGCCGGAGGAGAUCUUUGUCCAUCGAAAUCUGGGGAGUAUCCUGCACAACCGGGAUUUGAGCAGUGAGAGCGCGCUGGAUUGGUGCUUGGAUUUGUUGAAGGUGAACCAUAUUGUGGUGUGUGGGCAUUACGAUUGUGCUCUGAUUCGAGAGAAUGAUGCAAAUGAGGUUCAUGGCUGGCACAAAGAUGUCACCCGACUACACCGAACAACUGCCGAAUACCUCUCAGAGACAAAUAAAAAUUUGAGUGAGGAAGAACAUGACCGGAUACUGGAGGAGAUCUAUGUGCUAGCAGAGACGGAAUGGAUACGCAAUCAGUCAAAUGUGGAGAAGGCAAUGAACGAACGAGGCCUACAAAUACACGCGUUUGUGUACGAUAAGGUGCAGAAUCGAUGCGUAAGGUUGGUAGAGUCGAAGAUGGUGAACGGCACGAAAUGA